AGAGAGAGAGAGAGAGAGAGAGAGAGAGAGAGAGGGAGAGAGACUAAGUGCAGUAACACACCAACUUCAAGAUUCAUAUGACACAGGUCCCAGAGUUUCUCUCUCUCGCAGAACCAAUUACGUGUAUCACUCUCACUUACCAGAGAGAGAAUGGGAAGGAGCCCAUGCUGCGCGAAGGAAGGAGUGAACAGAGGAGCAUGGACAGCAAUGGAGGACAAGAUUCUGACUGGCUACAUCAAAGCGAACGGUGAAGGCAAAUGGAGAAACCUUCCCAAGAAAGCAGGUCUGAGGAGAUGUGGGAAGAGUUGCAGGUUGAGGUGGUUGAAUUAUCUGAGGCCCGACAUAAAGAGAGGGAACAUCACUCUUGACGAAGAAGAGCUCAUCAUCCGGCUUCACAAUCUCCUGGGAAACAGAUGGUCCUUGAUCGCGGGGAGGCUUCCGGGACGGACGGACAAUGAAAUAAAGAAUUACUGGAACACCACCAUCGGAAAGAAACUACAAUCCAGCUCGAGCCGCUCGGGCUUUGUUUCCGCUCGCCCGUCGUUGUCUUCAUCCCAAGGAAGCCCCAAGUUGGCCCUCGAAAAGCCGACCAUUGAUGACACUCUCGUGCCCGUGGAACCGUGUGUUUCUCGUGCCACGGCACCAAGAUGCCCAAAAGCGCUUCUCUCUCCCGGAUCCUGUCAAGAUAGAGAAGCACAAGCACCUGACAUGGUGGACGACAAAGAUCAAAGCUCGGACCGCCAUGAAGAUCGAGUUGCAACAGCUCAGUCAUCAGAUGGAAAUUCAAAUGUCUCGUGCAAUUUCAUGGCAGAUUUCGAGCUGGACGCGAACUUCCUGGAAGCUUUCUUGGAGUCUGAACUCGCCACUAAUACUCAGCAGUCGUGUUUCCUUAAUGGCGGAUUAGAUGAUAGCGACAACACAGCAUGGCCGUCGUCGACAUCGACACAGAACUCCGGAGGAACCCUAGCAUUCUUCAAUCCUGGAGGGACGAUACUGAGCGAACCAGACUUGCAAUGCGUGGCAUCCUUACUCGAGAACGAGGUUGACUGGCUUCAUCAUGACUAGCUAAAGAGCUCUAGGAGUUGACUACGUAAAACAUACUGACCUACUACUGUAUGAAUAAUUUGUGAAUAAUGUAUGAAUAGCUCUCUUCUUCCGGUUC